CCUGACAAAGUCCAUUUUAUAUUAUUAUUUACUACAGCGAUUGGAAUAGUAUAUCGAUAUCGUAUCAUUAAGUAUAAAUAUGGAGUUUUCCCGUUAUAUAUCUUUAUCCGUUUCCAAAAGUUCAAAGCUGUAUAUAGUUGUAGUCAAUUAUCGUGAUUUUGCUUGGACGCGUUAGAAUAGUAUCGAAACAAAGAGGAAAAUAAAACACAUAAAUAAUGUAAAACUUUUUAUGGUGCUAAGAUAAGGUAUUUUAUCACAGCGAGAAAUUACAGUCAAUAAAAACAUAGUAAUUAGUUUACAAUAUUAGUAUCGGUAGGUAAAGGUAUGGACACGUAUAUUUGUAUUUGUACGUAUGUAAAUGAUCAUAUGAAUAAUUGAAUAUUGUAAAUUAUUAUUAUUAUUAUUAUUAUUUUUUGAAAAAAUAUUAAAUUAAUUCAAACAAAAAAUACUGUACAACCAAAGUUGCUUGUUUUAAGCUCAAAAGAAUUUGAAACUUUGCUUUACAUCAGAAAGUAGGAUAUUGUAAAUUAAUCAAUAUUCGAAAUGCAUAAAUAUAAGAAGAAAAAAAACAGGGUCGAAUAUUAAAUAGAUUUCGUAUAUUAGGACAUAGAGGCAAGGAAGUAAUUCACGAGAUACAAAUCGGAGUUGUCCGUAUGUAAUAUUUUGUAGCGAUCAAGAGAGACUAACGCAGACAUGUGAGAGGGGAGAGGAUCCUAUAAACAAUUUAGUCUAAGUUCUCUGCUUCCUCCUUAUCAUAUAUAUAUUGCAGAUAUACACAUAGUUCCUCUAAAUAGAAGAUAAUACAAAUAAAUCAAGAAAGCUCUAUUGGAAGGGAAGAGGCUUAUAAAUAUAAGAAUGGUUUCGAGGGAACAAAAUAGAGGUUCUUUACAAGAGAAGUUUCAACUGCUUCGUUCAGCCACUAAUUCUCAUGCUCAAAGCGAAACAUCGAUUAUAAUGGAUGCAUCGAAAUAUAUCCAAAACCUUAAGAAAAAAGUCGAAAGAUUCAAGGAGGACACUGCCGCAGAGCAAUCUUCAAGCGAACCCACGGAUCCCACCACACCAAUGGUAAAAGUCGAAACCCUAGAAAAGGGUUUUAUGAUAAAAGUUUUCUCAGGGGAGAAUCAGCCAGGCAUGCUUGUUUCGGUAUUAGAAGCCUUUGAGGAUAUGGGGCUUGACGUUCUCGAAGCUAGGGUUUCAUGUACGGACUCCUUUAGCUUGCAUGCCAUGGGAGUCAAGCAGAAUGAAGAUGAUGAAAGAAUGGAUGCUGAAGCAGUGAAACAGGCAGUGACAGAUGCAAUCACAAGCUGGGGUGAAACCAAUGUUCCACCUUUUCUUUGAUUCUCCUUUAUUUAUGUUUAAUAUACAAAAUAUAAUAACACAAUUUCUAUAGUAAUUAUGUUAUUUUAUGUUCACCAAUUUACCAAGAAUUGUCCCCUAGAAAACAUAAAAUAUACAUCUUUCUGAAAUAAACGUUUUUUCUA